AUGAUGGCUGUCCACGCUUUCCACCACCUACGCUCACCGCUCGCAUCAUGCUCGCACUUUCCAUCGUCCCCUCCCCACUCUCUCCGACUCACACUCACUGCUUCUGCGCUCUUCCAGUUCCGACCCCUCACUUCAAUCAAAAUCUCUCCGCUCCCGGAGAGGCGCCGGGUGCCGGUGGCUGGCGUGGUGGAGGAAAGCCAAGAGAGUUCGGAACCUGAACCCGAAGCCGAGUCAAAAGCGGAGUUGGCAUCGGAACUGAAGAAGGCGAUGGCGGAGAGGAAGGAGAAAGAAGAGGACAACUUGUUGAGCGGGGUGGCGCGUGAGAUCGACGAGAUUGAGUGGCCGGCGUUCGGGAAGGUGUUGGGUACCACCGGCGUUGUCCUCGGCGUCAUCCUUGGUUCCAGCGUCGUUUUGCUCACUGUCAAUGCCGUUUUAGCUGAGCUUUCUGACCGGGUUUUUGCUGGCAAAGGGAUUCAGGAUUUAUUCACCUGA